AUGCUGUUCUUAGAAGAAACAAAAAUACCAAAAAUAACUAUUACUGGCACUGUCCAUGGCUCUGUUUUGAUUGGUCCUUUGCAAAUUGGUGGUGACGCUGAUUUCAAAACAGAUUCAAAAAAGCAAAUCCAAAAUUUUCUAACUAUCAAACAAUUCACCCCUAAAGAUAAAGAAAUAUUGGAAAAAACAAUUAAUUUCCUUGAUGCCAAGAAAAUCUUUCUUAAUCUUCGUCAAGGAACCAUUGAUUCUUUACAAGCAUGUUGUAACAAAUUUGAACAAGCACAUACAACUGGAAAAUAUGCGAUAAUUGAUGAUGUAAGUGAUAUUAUAACUAGUGUAGGAGAAAUAACUGAUCCGUUAAUAACUACCAGUAUUUCAGUAUCGCCAGUUAAGGCAGUAGGUGGAAUAAUGAAGGGAGUAAACAAUCUUUUUAAAAAUAAAUCUUUAAGUAAUAAUAGUAAAAAGAUCCAAGAAGUAUUAGUAGUUAUUGAUAUUUUUGAUUUAAAAAAGAAUAAAACAAGUUUGUUUAGUGAGCAUGAUGUUUUCAACGUUCUUAAUAUUUGGAAAGGUAAAUCUGUUAUUACUUUAGACGAAAUGAAAGAUUCAAUUGAAAAACUUAAUAGUGAUUUAAAAGAAUUCAAGGCGAAACUAGAAAGUGAAGAGAAUCAAUUUCAACAAAGGAUUUUCACUAAAUUUGAAGAGUCUAAUAAUCAACGCCAUCAAACCCAAAUAGAAGUCCCUCCUAAAAGGAUGGUCAGUGAUGGUUAUGUAAUUAAUUAUCAGAGUAUUAAAAAUAAACUCAAACUCUACUGA